UGCCAUGCUCUCACACCGGUGUUGAUCGUUCAGCUAAUUAGACGGGAAGGCUACAAAUAGUGAAACAGCCAUUGGAAUUCAAAUCAUUCAGUCAUGGUGACUCAAUGCAACCUCUGUGUGGCAAUCCUCGCUAUUGUUGCAACAGCUGUUGCUUAUGCAGAUAUCAAAGUAGUCUGUGGGAAAGGCUCAAUAAAUAUCACGUGGAAGAUCAGUGCAGAGUUGGUGCCACAUGCAUCUCGGCUCUUCCUUGGAAACUGCAAGGCCUCUCGGUUGACUGUUCUGCCCAGUGGAGAAGGAGCAGUACAGUUCAAAAACCAGUUAACUGACUGCAAAUUUAAGAGAGUGACGAAAGGGAAACGUCUCAUCUACCGAAAUGAACUAACUUUCAGGCCACACCAGAGGUCAAAGCCUGCUACUCUUGUGUAUCCCAUCGAAUGUGUUUAUAAAAGACCUGAAGGGUGGGUUCCUUCUUCCCAGAACCCUGGGUCUAGUAUUUCUGAAGGCAAAGGCGGGCUAGAGUUCCACAUGAUACUCCUCAAUGAUCAAUUAACAGGUGUAGCAAAGACAAAUGUCAUCCCCCUGGGCUCGUUCAUGCCAAUAUGGGCGGCGGUCGAGCAGAAGUCCCAUCAGCCCUUGCUGCUGCUCAUAGAGGAAUGUGUGGCAGCCACUACGCAAGAGCUGCAGCCCGGCAGCCAGGUUUACCCCAUCAUUGGCAAUAAGGGGUGUCUUUUGGAAAGCACAAGGGGGAGAUCUGUGUUCCUCCCUAGGUACCACUCAUCUUCAAUCGUUGUCUACCUGCAGUCCUUCAAGUUUGGUCUCGGAGAGGAGGUGUACAUUCACUGUAAACUGGUUGCAUGGGAUCCUGAAGUUCUUGAUGAAGGCAAGAAGGCCUGCCACUACGUAAAGGAAAAUGAGAGAUGGGAACUACUGGACGACCCUUCCCAGAGCUCCAUCUGCAGCUGCUGUUCUUCAACCUGCUUGUCCCGCACCAAAAGAGGAGUUGAACUCGAACCCCACGGCUUCACUCCCAAUUCAGUGUUGGGACCCCUUAUCAUAAUGGAUUUGUCUCACCCAAACGCCCACAAUGCAUCGGUGAUGUCUGUUACUGGAGCUGACUCUCAGGAAGCCCAGACUUCACAGAUUGAGACUCCAUGAUCCUGCACAACAGAAGGGCCUUUAACAGACGACCUCAGCCUCGUUACCUACAAGCUUUGCACCAUCUCAGUUUGCAGAUUAAUUUGUCUAAUGUCGUACAUUCAUUUUAAACUCUGUACAAAUAAACUUUACGUAAACUCUA